UAAAAUAUUAUGAGAUUUUUAACUUAUUCACUUAUUAUGACAUAUUGAAUUUUUCAAUAAUAAUAUAUAAUACGUCAAACGUGGCACGAGUGAAGUGCAAACUGCAAUUAUGUCCUGGUCGGACGACCGUGCCGUGGAUGCGGCUCAUUGGCAGAUCCUCAAAAACCAUCUGAAACCUAACGUCUGGCCUACGUCCCGUGAGAUGUUAAAGUACAAACAAGAACUCGAUAGUUCCAGACACGCUGAUCUGAAUCAACUUGCCAGUUCAAUACAAGAAAUGAAGAAAAAACUAUCCUAUUUGAAAAAGACUGCAUUAGACGUGAAUAAAAUCAAAAUAGUAGGGUUUGAAAAUUUUCGAAAUGAUAUAAAAACAUUUGAGUCRAAACUGUCAAAAUUAAAAGAAGGAUGCUCAAAAAAAUUACGUGAAGAGAGCCUUAAGCAAUCCGCGCUGUUGGAGGAAAUCGAACGGGUAAAGCAAUUAACACUACAUGACGUAGUUUCAAAGUCACAAGCCGAUACUUUUACUAAAAAAAAGAAGGAAACCAAAACCAUCAAGAGAGUUCCAAUUUCAAAAAAUACUUACUCCUCAAAAGAAAUAGCAGAUUUCCACGAUUUCUGUGCACGUAACUAUGGUCUUACGGGAGGUUGGUCUAGCAAAGAUCAUGAAACAUUUUUAAAGAUUCGUUCCAAACAUUUCAAUGAUACGGAUUUUAUCGAUCAUGUUGUACAAUCAAUGCCACAUAUAACCGAGGACGCUGCACGUGAACAUGAAAACUGGUUCGUAAAAUUUGAAGAACUUAAAACUAAACAAAAAGAAGCAAUAAUGAAGUGGAAAAAGGAAAAGAAAAAUGAUUUUGUGCUUGAUUCUGGACCAAAGAAUUGUGACACGUAUAGGAAAUGUACAGAUAAUAAUCCAGAAAUUACACAGAAAUGUUUCAGUGAUAAUUUAGAAAAACAAAUAAAUGUAAAUCACGAUAUCAAUAGAUCUCAAAUUGAAAUAUUUGAAUCGAAAAAACUCGAUAACUGUGGCACUGCUUUACUAAAGCGUUUCAGAGAAAAAGAUAAAAAAUAUAUAGAGUCUAAAAAAAUAAAUAAACAACAAUUGGAGUGUCAACGUAAAUCAGACCCAUUUACAAUAGUUACAUUGCACGGGAAUCCAGAAAAAUAUGCUGAAAUUGAAUCACUAGAAAAAUUUCCAAAUGUACACUUAAGUAUUUACGGUGCGCAUAACCAAGACGUGAAAGUGGUGUUAAAGUACCAAUAGACUUGAAAAUAUUGUGCRGAUACUUAUUUUUGUUUAGUGUUAUAGUAUUAUUAUUACAGUAUACAAACUUGAAUAAUUAUCAGCUGUAACUGCAUGUCUG